AUGGCCGCGACGCCUUGGUCAGAGACGAUGCUGUUCUACCGGUGUGCCUGGCCAAGGAGAACCGAUGGUGGUAACAUCAUUGUGAACGUCGAAUUAAUGCCUCACGCUCGGGAUGCCGGAUGUAGAGAGAAGCUUUGGGCUGCUCAACUGAUACAGGCCCAUGCGUGCGAACAACGGCGACGGGCUUGGGCGCCGCGAAAUGCGAGCAGUGCACUUACUUUUUUCUGA